GUUUGAGUCCGUGUGCUGCUGGCUGCGCAACCGCCUCCUGCUCUGCAUUUCCUCAAUCCCUCUGAUUCUCAGCGACAACAUGGGAGCCUGAAGGCAGAGAACCGAGACGGAACCCGAACAUGAAGCUCCGAGCCCAGCUCCACCCCUACAUCACCUGACGAUAUCGACCAAUGGGCUGAGGACGUGGGCGGGGCCAGGAUGAGUGCUGAGUUGCUAUUGGAGGAGACGCUGAUCAAGCGUUCGCAGCAGAAGAGGAGGACGUCGCCGCUAAACUACAAGGAGCGACUGUUCGUCCUCACCAAGAACCGGCUGACGUACUACGAUGGAAAAGCUGAGAAGAAGUUCAGGAGAGGCUCGAUUGAACUGAGUCGCAUCAGAUGUGUGGAGAUUGUGAAGAACGGAGGAGGGAUCAUCCCCUGCCAGAACAAAUACCCCUUUCAGGUGGUUUACGACACCAACACCCUCUAUGUCUUCGCUCCGAGUCACAACAGCAGAAGUGUUUGGGUCCAGAGCCUCAAAGAAGAGAUCAAAGACAACCCGGCGGUCUUGAUGAAGUUUCACCCUCAGUUCUGGCAGGAGGGGGCGUGGCUCUGCUGUCGCCAGGCAGACAAACAGGCGCUGGGCUGCGAGGAGUACAAACUGUUCGGAGACAUUUCCAGGAAGCCUUUGCCCCCGAUUCCUGGAGAGGAACCUACAGAAGUGAGGCCUCGCCCUCCGCCUCCUCCCGUCCCGCUGGACUCUGAGGAGGAAGACGAGGAUGAAGACGACGACGAGGAGGACGAGUUGGUGGUGGUGGCUCUGUACGACUUCCCGGGAACCGAGCCCCACGACCUGAGUCUGGUCAAAGGCGGCGAGUACGUCAUCCUGGAGAAAUGUGACGUGAACUGGUACAAGGCGCGCAACAAAUAUGGCGAGGAAGGCUACAUCCCAAGUAACUAUGUCACGGAGAAGAAAUCCGGAAACCUGGAGCAGUUUGUUUGGUACAGUAAACAAGUCAACAGGAACAAGGCAGAAGAGCUUCUGAGAAAGGAGGACAAAGAAGGAGCCUUCAUCGUCAGAGACUCCAGCACACCAGGAACCUACACUGUCUCUCUUUACGCCAAGUCUGUCGCAGGGGACGGAGGUGCAAGUAUAAAACAUUACCACAUCAAGGAGACGCAAAACGUACCCGUACAGUUUUACCUGGCAGAGAAGCACCUGUUCGACUCCAUCCCCGAGCUGAUCGACUACCACAAACACAACGCAGCAGGUCUUGUGGCCAGAUUGAGAUAUCCAGUCGGAAAACAAGACAAAUCAGCUCCGUCCACGGCUGGAUUCAGCUACGAGAAGUGGGAGAUCAACCCCAGCGAGCUGACCUUCAUGAAGGAGCUGGGCAGCGGCCAGUUCGGCCUGGUGAGGCUCGGGAAGUGGAGGGCUCAGCACAAGGUGGCCAUCAAGGCCAUCAGGGAGGGAGCCAUGUACGAGGAGGACUUCAUCGAGGAGGCCAAAGUCAUGAUGAGACUGUCCCACCCUAAGCUGGUGCAGCUGUAUGGCGUUUGCAGCCAGCAGCGACCCAUCUACAUCGUCACCGAGUUCAUGGAGCACGGCUGCCUGCUCAACUACCUCCGGCAGCAGCGGGGCAGCUUCAGUCUGGGCUCGAUGCUCAGCAUCUCCCUGGACGUCAGCGAGGGCAUGGAGCACCUGGAGGCCAACGGCUUCAUCCACAGGGACCUGGCUGCCAGGAACUGUCUGGUGAACGAGGCUCUGGUGGUGAAGGUUUCUGACUUCGGCAUGGCCAGGUACGUGCUGGACGACCAGUACACCAGUUCAUCAGGCGCCAAGUUUCCAGUGAAGUGGUCGCCUCCCGAAGUCUUCAACUUCUGCAGAUACAGCAGCAAGUCGGACGUCUGGUCCUUCGGUGUGCUGAUGUGGGAGGUUUUCACGGAGGGCCGCAUGCCGUUCGAACAGAGUCCCAAUCACGAGGUGGUUACCUUGGUAACCCAGGGUCACCGCCUGUACAGGCCCAAAAUGGCGACGCCCAACAUCUACGACAUCAUGCAGCUCUGUUGGCAUGAGAGACCAGAAGAGCGAGCGACCUUCUUUCAGCUUUCCCUCCUGAUCUCCGACGCUCUGGAAGCCGACGUCCCUCGACUGAACUGACUGACAGCGAGAACCUGACCACUCUCGUCGUCUUAAUUUAUGCCACAACAGGAAGGACGACCGCCGGAACGGACCAAUCACACCGCCCGUUCACCGAUGCUCGCCCACCAAUCACCUUCGCUUAUCCGUUAGUCUGGAACAGCUGCACUCCUGACAGAUGUUGGAUUAGUUUCAGGGUGAAUAACGCCAACAUGAACUGACAGCAAACAUGGUAACAGGAUCUCAUAACGGACAGGAGAACCUGAAAGGAUCCAGGAUCUGCCUCAGAGUUUCCUCGCAGUCAAACGUGAACUGUCCUGGAAAUCUCACCAAAUCUUCAUGUGUGCUUUCUGUGUAAUUUACCUGCACAACGAGUCUGUUUCCAUGUAAUUCCCAUUAAAGAGUCCAUAUCAUGGUU